AUGUCUUUGUCAAAGCCAGAGGACCAGCUAGCGUUGGAGCUCAGCUGCCCCAUUUGCCUCCAGCUGUUCUCUGACCCCGUGUGUCUCCCUUGUGGACACAACUACUGCCGCAGAUGCAUCUGUCAAUCUGUUGAUACGGACAAAUCUCUCUGGGCUGCCACACGAUGUCCUGAGUGCAGAGAAGUCUACCACGGCUCUGAGUGCCUGCAGAGGAAUUUCAAGCUCAAUUGCAUCAUAGAUAGUUAUCUGGCAACAAACCUGCAAACGGACGGGCCCCAAAGUAUGACCGUGACUUUGCCGUGUGACCAGUGCAUAGACGAACCCUCAGUGGCUGUGAAGACCUGUCUGAAGUGUGAUGCGUCGCUGUGCGAGAGACAUCUACAGAGGCACAAUGAGAAAGAGCAGUUCAAAUUGCACACACUGGUCGUUCCUGUGCAGAAUGUGGGAUCCAAAGACUGCCCCAGACACAGACUGCCCUUCGAGUACUUCUGCUCCACGGACAUGUCUCCCCUCUGCUCCACCUGCAUCGUUCAAGGUCAUCACCAAAACCACGGCAUUCUCACCUUCAGUGUGGCUGGGGAGGAGAUGAGACGGGCUCUGCAGAGUCGCAAUAAGGUGGUUACCUGCAGGCUGCAAUUGACGCAAGGACUGCUGCUGAAGACAAGAAAGGACCAGGAGACGUCUGAAGCCAAUGGAGAAAAACUCAUCAACAAGGCCAUGACGACAAUGGACAAUAUGGCUGCGCUGGUUGACAGGUAUCGGGAGCGUCUCGGUGUCCUUCUGGAAGAGGAGAAGUGCCAGCGCAAAAAGAGCUGGCAGGUGGCUCUGAGUGCCAUGGAGGAGCAGCAGCAGCAGCUCAUUGACUUUCAGAAGUGCAGCACUGAGGCCAUGAGCGAGACGGACACAUACAUCUUCAUCCAGAGCUUCAUGCAGCUGGAACAGAAAGUAAGAGGCAUUAUUUCCACCUCCAUUCCCUCCAAUCUCCCUUCUAUAACCCCUCUCAACACUCAGCAAGCUGGACUCAAAACCCAAGAUUUCCGCUCUGAGAUGACUCGCCUCCUGGACUCGCUCAACAUUCUAAACCCUUUGGACCUGACUUUCAACCUGGUCACCGCCCAUCCCAGCCUCAUCGUGUCCAAGGACCUCCGCACGGUUAGAUACAGCUCUACUAAGCAGCAGUAUGGAGACCACCCUGAACGCUUCAUCACAGCUCCCCAAAUCUUGUGCCGGCAAAGUAUGUCCAGUGGGGAGCACGUCUGGGUGGCGGAGGUGGGGGCCAGUAGCAUGUGGUCUUUGGGGGUGUGUUACAAGACCAUUCCCAGACGGGGUGACCAUAGCAGGCUCGGGCACAACUCUGUGUCAUGGAGGCUGCAGUGGAAGAAUGGUAAGCUAACAGUGUGCCAGUCGUCCAGUAAUGUUGCACUGGGGGAAAUGAUGAGUCACCCAGUAAGGAUCGAGAUAGCAUUGGACUACGAGGGAGGGACUUUGGCGUUUCACAGCAUCAAAGGGCGACGAGAGCACCUGCACACCUUCAGGGCGGUGUUCAGAGAGCCCCUUUACCCUGCUUUUAGUAUUCAUUCAAACACAGCCGAAUCCUGGAUAAUGCUGUAUAAUGAAAUGAGAUGA